AUGGGCAUAAAGGGUUUAACGAAGCUCUUGGCUGACAAUUCUCCAAAGGCCAUGAAAGAGCAGAAAUUUGAAAGUUAUUUUGGCCGAAAAAUCGCAAUCGAUGCCAGCAUGAGCAUCUACCAAUUCCUUAUUGUCGUGGGAAGAACUGGGACUGAAAUGCUUACAAAUGAGGCUGGCGAAGUUACCAGUCAUUUGCAAGGGAUGUUUACUCGGACAAUUAGGCUUUUGGAAGCUGGAAUUAAGCCGCUUUACUCAAAAAGAGUAGAUGCGACAGAGGACUUGAAUGAGGCCUUAGAGACUGGCAAUAAGGAAGAGAUUGAAAAAUUUAGCAAACGAACAGUGAAGGUAACCAGGCAACACAAUGAGGACUGCAAAAAGCUUCUAAGACUCAUGGGAGUGCCUGUAAUAGAGGCUCCUUCUGAAGCAGAGGCUCAGUGUGCUGCUCUUUGUAGAUCAGGAGAGGUUUAUGCUGUGGCCUCUGAAGACAUGGAUUCCCUGACUUUUGGGGCUCCUAGAUUUCUUCGCCAUCUGAUGGAUCCUAGCUCAAAAAAGAUUCCAGUUAUGGAAUUUGAAGUUUCAAAGGUUUUGGAGGAGCUGAGCCUUUCAAUGGAUCAAUUCAUUGACUUGUGCAUCCUUUCUGGGUGUGAUUAUUGUGACAGCAUUCGAGGAAUUGGGGGCCUGACUGCUUUGAAGCUCAUCCGCCAACAUGGUUCAAUAGAGAAUAUACUGGAGAACAUAAACAAAGAGAGGUACCAGAUACCUGAUGAUUGGCCAUAUCAACAGGCCCGCCACCUUUUCAAGGAACCAUUAGUUUUUUCUGGUGAUGAGCAACUCGAGAUUAAGUGGAAUGCUCCGGAUGAAGAAGGGCUGAUAAACUUUCUUGUGAACGAAAAUGGAUUCAACGGUGACAGAAUUACAAAGGCUAUAGAAAAAAUCAAAGCAGCCAAGAACAAGUCAUCACAGGGCCGAUUAGAGUCUUUCUUUAAGCCAGUUGUUAGCACUUCUGUGCCAGUUAAACGUAAGGAAACAUCUGAGAAGGCUGAUAAGGAAAAUACUAUCAAAAAGUCAAAGGCUGGUGGUGGUAAGAAGAAGAAGUAG